AUGGCUGGCCCCGUUCGACAACCGAUCGACCAAGCGUCAUUGGAAAGGUACUUGGAGAAGAAUGUUCCUCAGAUCAAGCCGCCGUUAGAACUCAAGCAGUUCGGCUUUGGGCAGAGCAAUCCCACCUACCAACUCACCGACUCCACGAAAUCGAAAUAUGUCCUCAGGAAAAAGCCUCCGGGCAAGCUGCUCUCGAAGACUGCGCAUCGCGUCGACCGCGAAUACGAGGUUCUCCAUGCAUUAGAAAAGACCGAUGUCCCAGUACCGAAGACCUACGCCUUCUGCGAUGAUGAUAGUGUAAUCGGGACGCCAUGGUAUAUCAUGGAAUGCCUCGAGGGCCGCUUUAUCGACAACGCAGCCAUGCCUGGCGUCGACGCAUAUCAGAGAAGAGAAAUGUGGAGAGAUGCAGUGAGGACGCUUGCCAAGUUGCAUCGGAUAAAGCCCAAGGAUGUUGGACUGGAGAAUUUUGGUCGUCCAAAUGGCUUCUACAAGAGACAGCUCAAGACGUUCUCCAGCCUUGCGAAAUCGCAGGCAGAGGCAAAGGAUCCGGACACGGGUAAAGAAGUUGGGCAACUCCCGCAUUUCGACGACUUUUUGUCGUUCUUUGGACAAGAGCAGAACCAGCCGUAUGACCGCGGUGUGCUGUUUCACGGGGACUACAAGAUCGACAACUUAGUCUUUCACAAGACGGAGCCCAGAGUCAUUGGAAUUUUGGACUGGGAGAUGGUAACCAUCGGGCAUCCUCUGGCAGAUUUCACGAAUCUCACGCAAGGCUGGACAAUUUCCAACGCUACACCGACUUGGCCGCGCAAGCACGCCGACGAAGCAUUUUUGAACCCCUCGAGUCCCAAGUCUACGCACAAAGACCACCCUGGAUUGCCGACAAGAGAAGAGUGCGUCAAGUGGUAUCAAGAAGACGUCGGUUUCCAAGUCACAGACAAGGAUCUCGCCUGGGCGACCGCGUUCGCGCUCUUCAGAGACUCGAUCAUCUUUCAAGGUAUCGCUGCACGAUACGCACUCAGACAAGCAAGUUCGGCGCAAGCUCAAUCGUACGCGCUGGAGCGAGCUCCAUUCGCAGAAAUGGCUUGGGAAAAAGUCGAGAUCGCAAAGGACAAGACAGGAAGCAGCUCUAAACUGUAG